AAAAAGGCGAGUCUGAUCCAACCACAGCUCGCCUUGGUUCCUUAUCAGCUCUUUCCAGUCUCGCUUCGAGCCGAGCCGGAAUUCCUGUUGGGAGUCUGCUAACAGCCUGGCUGUGAACAUCUCUGGUACCUAACCCGCACACGCCCUCCUUGCUGCUGCUCUUUAGUUCCCCUUGCUAUUCUUUUUCCCCACUCCCUCUGCCAAUGGUCAAGCAAAUCGUCGUGCUAAUUUCGGGCAGCGGCACCAACCUGCAGGCUCUCAUCGAUGCUGAGCAGCAGAGCCAGCUGGGCGGCCACAUCUCCCUAGUCGUCAGCAACAAAAAGUCUGCCUACGGGCUCGAGCGCGCCGCCAAGGCCUCGAUCCCGACCCACACGCGCACACUCAAAUCGUACAAGGACCAGGGCAAGACGCGCGAGGACUUUGACCGUGAGCUGGCCGAGUACAUUGCAGCCGAGUACUCCCCAGAUCUGGUGGUGCUGGCCGGCUGGAUGCACAUUCUGUCGCCUGGCUUCAUCGACAGGUUCCGCGGCAAGAUCAUCAACCUGCAUCCGGCGCUGCCCGGCGAGCUCGAGGGCGCCCAUGCGAUUGACCGCGCAUUUGACGAGUUCCAACAGGGGAAGCGCCAGCGCACCGGCGUCAUGGUGCACUUUGUCAUCCCCGAGGUUGACAAGGGCGAGCCGAUCCUGACCCAGGAAGUACCGUGCGUUGAUGGCGAUUCGCUGGAGACCCUCGAGGACCGGAUCCACGCUGUCGAGCACCAGCUCCUCCCCAAGGCCGUCAAACUGGUGCUGGACAAGGGCCUGGUGCCGCAGUAAGGGACUGCUUUACAUUCUGGAG